AUGUCGGAUGAUGAAUCAACGCCUGAUAAGGCGACCCAACGCACGGAUGAAGAUUUCAUGCAGUUUUUUAAACCGGUCCAGGAGGAGAACUCCAGUCCCAGCACCACCACCAGUACGCCGAUGAACAAUGAUAAGGCGAAUUCUUCAACCCCCAGUGGUGGCUCUAAGCAAGCAUCAAUGCCUGAGGUCAGCGAAAAGUCGGAGUCGAGCGAAAUUUCAUCGAAGAGCUCUAAGGAGAUACCUCACAACGCUAUGCUCACAACACCCAACGAGUUCAGCGAAAAAUCAGUGUCGACUGAUCCCUCCUCGAAUAGCGUCAAGGAGACGUCCCAAUCCUCUGAGACCGAGACAACGGCCACAGGAUCACAAGAUCAAGUUUCGGACCCUCCCAAGCCCGCUUUGCACCCGGCUCUGAUCAUCAGUGGUAACAACAGAAGCUUUACGAUAGGAAGCAACUCUAUGUACUCAAGGUCCGUGUCCGUGAUAGCACCCACAAAGAUGAUACCAGUAAGGGAUGAAGGAGAAGACUUGACACAUCGUGCGUAUGACAGGUUGCUGGCUAUGAAUGUCCCCGACAACGUCGACUAUGGUCUGCCUGAUAUACCCGGCCCGGGGACCUACGGAAUGGAACCAAAGACGCCGUCCAACCCUGGGGCACGAAUGGCUGCUGUUAAGUGUAGCUGCAUUACAUUUACCACCCUUGCAGUGAUUCUCAUCCUUUUGGAACUUAUAUUUAUUGUCUCCACCGGUAAGUGCGGAGUGAGAGAGACUCUCUGCAAGACCGUGGCUGGUCUUGCAAUACUUAUAAUUGUCGUGGAAUGGGUUAGAGCCUGGUUACUGCAAGAAACGUCCCCAAUGAUGGUGCCAAAACUCUACCGUUCAACCGUACACGAGACCAACACUGGCAUGGAGGUUGCUCUCAUCUACGUCAAGCCUCCACGACAGAAUGACUCAUCACCAACCGCGUUUUAUAUGGAGUCGCCGGGGAAGACUCCCAAAUCUCAGAUUCCGCGACUCGUUAUGCAGGCUCCCACAUACGGAGAGGUUCCCUACGAGUACGCAGAAGGAGGUGGCUUUCGAGGCAAUAUAGCCGGCACAAGGUUUUAUGACGGGCUUCAAGCUGCAUCAGCUUUUCUGUUGGGUAUAUUAUACAUUAUCGGCAUAGCUGCAGCCGUACUAGGAAUCGUAAAAGCCAUAACCGAUAGCAGUUGGGAAGAUGAUUGCUCCAAUGCCUUCACCUACUCCAUCAUAAACUUGACGCUGGCAGGACUUCGUAUACUCCUCUUCAUAUCAAGCCCGGUAUUCAAAGGUAUCUGCACCCUGUGUGCCGGCAAACCAAUCGAGCAGACUCCGCUGGUCGUUAAGACGCAAAAUGCUGAAUUUAUCAAUGAUCUCUCAGAUGCACCUUUCCGGAAGGAAAAUCCAGAGGGUCGCCUGAAGAAUCACACCAGUGCUGAAGGGCUGUGA